AUGCGCUACAUUUACGCGCGAAAUUUUUAUUGGAAUCUGACUGACCACAAGCUCUUCUUGUUUUUGUAAGCUGCGGUGGAAGCUAGAUUAAUCUUAUUUAUUAUGUUUAAUUCAUUUAAUUACAAAUUUUUGACAAAAACUCUGAAAGAUAAGGUGCUUAAGCGCUGUUAUUGAAGUUUUUUCUGGUUGAUCUUGUUAAUAUAGGUAGUAAAGGACUUUCUUCAACUUAUUUUGCAUUUUUGUUGUUUUACAAACACAAUUUGUUAUCUUAUUUUAAGUUUAACAUUGAUUUACUAUCAAUUUUUACAAUGCAUUGUGGCUUAUGUAUAGGUCUUGAUUUUAGUACGUAUUUUUGCUUAUAUGACACAUCCAUGUGGAUAAUAACAUUCUCGAUCUAGUUUUCUAUAUUUCGAUAUUAAUUUCAUGCUUUUUUAGUGCUAUAAAACCUUCAAUUUUAAUUAUUUUUCUAACAUUACUCAUAUUGUUUUAGUGUAAAAAUUGGUUCGCAACAGAGUCACGAAGAGCAGCCUGAGCCUGCUGUUGAACAAGAACGUCCAGAAGAACAGCCUGCAGCUUUGAAUCAACCUAUUGUUGAUCCGGCUAUUAAACGUCCAUCGAGAAGGCUGGUAUUUUCUGAUUUGGACACCAGUGACGGUACGUGGUUUAAUUUUUGAUUUUUUUGUUUUAGAUCGGAUUGAAUAGAUUGGGAAGAAUUUUCUAGACUUUUAAAGCUGCGUUUGUUAUUUUUGGGUCGCUUUGUCAACUUUUAUGUUGUUUACGGUUUUAUUUAGCAUAAUAUCGCAGAUUUUGUAAAAUAAAAUUUUAAUCUUUAGAAGAACCCGAAAAAAUGCCUCCAAAGAAGCGUCAACGUACAAGCGAAGCCGGUGUCAUGAUUCGUGAUGAAGAUUCGAUAUCCGAGUACUUCAAGCCAGUAACUCCACCUUCUGUGAAGAGGAUGCGUCUCACCGAACGUCAACGCGAAGUCAUGUCGGCCAAGAAGGAUAAAUUGCCGUUUAUGGACGACGAAACUCAGGAAUCCGCGUCUGAUUCAAUUGCCAUUUUGAAGAAACGAUUACCAAUGGAAUACUUGAUCGAUUCUCAAACUGGAGAUGACAAUAUGUCCCAAAAUGCUAUGGAUGCACCAGCUAAGCCGGGCACUGGUGACAAGGAGAAUGUCAAGGACGACCAAGAUUCUGAUGUAAGUUUUUCGAAUAGUUUAUGGUUUUAUAGGUAAAAAUAUAAUGUUUUGGAUGUUUUUGUCAUGUUCUACAUAUUUUUGAAGUCUGUGAUUCAAUAGUUUACUCAUUUUUAGAAAUCUAUCGGUCCAAUCGAUUUCUCAUCGAUUGUCAACGAAAAGAGUCCUUCUCGAUCUCCAGCACGAUCUUCAUCACGUAAAAUUAAUACACCAACAAAAUACGAUAACUCACCUUCAAGAAAUGCAAAAUCGCCGUCUAGAAGCCAAGAAACUAAGAAUUCUGAUGCGAAAUCUAAUGGUAACACUCUAAAAACUCAUAGUAUUACUUCUAAAAGUAAUGGUACUGCAAAGAACACUGGUACUACUACGACUCCAACUUGUAAUACUACAGAAACCCCAAAGCGACGCAGUGAAAAACGGUCGAUUUUUGCUGAAAGUUCUGGCAAGAAGGAUAUAACGCCAUUCAGAAGUGGAAGAAUUGAUAGUUUUUUCAAAAAAGAAGUCAAAAAGGAUCAGAAAGAAGAUGGGAACUCAAAGAAUGAUGAAAAAGUGGAUAAUAAAUCAGAAAAAGAUGUUAAGGAUGGUAAAGACAAGAAGGAGCAGGAUUCUGAAGGCAAAAGCAAGAAAAAUUUAUAUUCUGAAGGAAAGAACAAGAAAGAAAAGAAUAAGUUACAGGAUUCCGACGUCAAGUCGGAUAGCCAAAAGAAAAAGCCUGGUUCUGAAGUCAAGAAUAAAGGUGAAAAGGCAAAGCUGAUGGAUUCUGAAGCUAAAAACACGAAAAAAGCAUAUGAAUCAGAAGUCAAAACUAGAAAACCCAAUAGCCAACACAAGCAGGCAUCAGAGACCAAGGACGAGCAGUCGGAUUCAGAUGAUUCUGAGGAUGAUAAAGAACGGAAACCAACCAGAAAGUCGCCAAGAUCUUUGAAGCCAAAAGCUUCUGUAGUUACAUAUCUCGAGGAUGAGGAUUCUGAUUCUACUGAUGAAGAUGAUAUUAUCUUGAAGCCGACUAGCCAAGAAAAGAAGGGGAAGAACGAUGAGAAAGAAGAAAAGAAAGCGAAGAGUGAAGGUGAAGAGGAAAAGAAGGCAAAGAAGGGUAAUAAAGAAGUAAAGGAGAAAGAUAACAAAGAUUCUGGAAGUAGCAGUAAAGAGGAUUCUGAUGAAAAUGAUAAGAAAUAUUCUGGAAAGAAGCGAGGUAGAAAGUCAAAAACUUCUCAGAACGUUCAAGAAGACAACAAAGCCAGAAGGAAAAGUAAAGUUGUGUCAGAUAACAAUGUAGAUUCAAGCCAGGAAGAUGAAGAUUCGGAUAAGUCGAAGGAAAAGACGUUGAAAAAGGAUUCUGAAGCCAAACCCGGUUCAACGAAGGGUUCUGACGUCAAAACGGGCUCAACGAAAGGUUCUGAAGCCAAAACCGGUUCAACGAAAGAUUCUGAAGUUAACAAUGGCUCAAAGAAGGAUUCAGGAGCUUCGAAGAAAGAAAAACUGCGUAAACGGAACAGCGAUGAAGAUACUGUACCUAAAAAGCCAGUAGAUGAUGAAGCUACGAAGCAAAGGAAGGAAAAAAUCAGAGAAAUGUUGAGGAAGAACAAGAAAGAAGAGGUAACACCAUUUUCUUUAUAAAAUUUUGUUUUUUUUACACAUGCAAAAACUUUCUUUACAGUAUUUUAAACCUUUAUUUCAGCCAAAGACAAGUCCUUGGAAAACUCCUGAACUCACUUCUAAAACGGAUUUGAAGAAGGAAAACGCUUCAGAAGUCGACAAAGAUGCUAAAGCUGAUGAUAAGGUCGAGGAAUCAUCAAAAAUUGAUUAUUGUUCUGAAGUCAACGACAAUCUUAACAAUGGAUUGGAGUCUGUGGAGAAACUUAAGGGUGAUCUAGAAGAUGAAGAACAAGAUAAAAAUGGUGAAGAAUCAGAAGAGAAAAAUGGUGAAGAAUCGGAAGAUAAAAUUGAUAAUAGUUUAGAAUCAGAAGUACAGAGCCAAAUUGUCCCAGAAUCUGCUGAAUCAACACAAGAUAUAUCUGACGAUGAUAAUGUAAAAGUUACGGGUGCUGAUACUGAGGAUUCGGAAGCUGAAUCAAGCACAAAUGUAAUGGAAGAAUCUGUGGAGGAACCUAUGGAAGUUAGCGAGAGUGAUUCUGGCGUUUGUUCUGAAGCUAGUUUGUCAAAAUCAACGGAGUCGGAAGGUAAGAGCAGGGGAACGUUGGUUGAUAUUGAGAGUCAAGGACAAGGAAUUUAAAUUUUUAUAUUAUCCAUGGUUGAAAAUGGCAAUUAAACUCUGAUAUUGCUUAUCAUAGAUCAUAGCUAAUAAUGAUUAAAAUUUAACUGUUUUAGAAGCUAAAAACGCUCAAACAUCUUCAGAACCAGCUGAAAAGCCGCUAGAAUUAGCAUCAGAGCCAAAACCAGAGUCUUCCAAAAAGGUUGAUGUCAAUAAUGACUCUGUUGAAUUCAUCGCUGAAGUUCCACGCACUCCAGAACGAAACCCAAAACCUAAACAAGAAGGAACUCCACAAAGUAUUCUGAGGAAACAAGAAACCCCAAAGAGCAAAAGAUCAGAGAGACGGGUCACUUUCAGUGCGGAUUCUGAAAAACGACGGAGAUUCGUAAGGUUUUGGGAGUUUUAGAAAAUGGCAAGAACUUUGUUUACAAAUCAAAAAAUGGCAAGAACUUUCUUUACAAAACGUAAAAUGGCAAGAACUUUCUUUAAAAAACGUAAAAUGGCAAAAACUUUCUUUACAAAACGUAAAAUGGCAUGAACUUUCUUGACAAAACAAAAAAUCGCUAAAACUUUUUUUACAACCCAUAAAAUAUAACAUUUCAGCGUCGAAUGCCAGCCUCAGACUGUGUAGCACCUGACCUGGUCUUCUGUAACGACCCCAUCACUUCAAUGUGUAUGAAACUGGCACAACGAAAGCAAGGCCUUCGCAUGGACAGCGUUUUGAAGAAGAAUGGCAUUUGGACGGUGGGUGACUUUGCUGGCUUACCACCGUCGUCCAUCACCGGCAUGGUCUAUUUGAAGGAACCAAAGUUGGAGAAUGUCACCAACUUUUUGAAUUUUUAUAAACCGGUAGGUUAAAUUUUGAGUUAUUUUUUGGAAUGAAGAGGGGGGGGGGGGAUAUGGCGAUAUUUUUUUACAUAAUGUAAAAUGGCAAGAACUUUCUUUACAUACUUUGUUUUCAACAAUGAAAUUUGAAAAUUUUAUCUUAUUUAAUAUGCUUUAGGCCUCAAUGGGAUCUCCAGGAGAUCAAACGCUGUUCAGAAACGUUGACGAUGCUGGAAAUACACCUAGAAGACCAGCUGCUGUAUCCUCAUUCAUGGAGCAGAUUCUGAAGGCCGAGGAAAAGGAGAAGGCUGAAAAAGAAAAGAGCCCAGAGAACGAUGGUAUUCAGAAGAACGGUGAUGAGCAUCUAAAAGAGAAAGCCAACGUUCAGAAGGCUGAAAAGGAUAGUAUCAAGACAAAGUCUGAUGAAAAAGAAGCUACGGUAACUAAGAAUGGUGAAGAUGUUUCUCUUGGUGAGGCUCACGAUGGUGAAAAAGCUUUUGAAGCCGUUGGGCGGACUGAAAAUAUUAAAGAUGCUUCAGCGGAUUCUAAAAUUGACGCUACAGUGGCACGGUGCAUUGCUUCACAGAAUCCAGGAUCUUCUGCAGCCGCUUCGGACGUGGAUGACGUUGAAAUGAUGGAUGUGACUUCUGAAGCUUCGACUGGAAGAAAUAUGUUUUCAAAUGAAGACGAGGCGGACUUAAGGCGACAGAUCUUGGCUACAAUGAAUGGUGUGACAGCUACACCCAAUAAUUCACCUACGGUAUCUAAUGCUUCUAUUACGCCUGGGGUUUCACCCACAGUAUCGUAUGCCCCUACUGUUCUUGGCAGUUUACCUACAGUAUCUUAUAACUUACCUACAGUAUCUCAGGAACCUACUGUAUCAAAUACUUCUCAGGAACCUACCGUAUCCAAUAAUUCACCUACAGUCUCUAAAAGCUCAUCUACCGUGCCAGAUAGUGGACCAACAGUAAUUCAUGGUACACCAACUAAUGUUAACGGCACGCCAACGAUUCUUCACGGCACUCCUACGCAAGGUACACCAAGGACAGGAUCUAUAAACGAUCAAAUCCGCCAGCUACACUUUAAGUUCAUGAGCUCAGAAAUGUCUCAAGAAGAGUACGCUACAGUGUCCACGACGUUGUGCCAAUUUCUAACCGAUGUGAAUAGAAAGCAGUUGCUGACGAUACAAAUGAAUCAGAUCUGA